GCCAGGCAAUCAGAGGGAUUGUGGUGGGUCUCCGAUUGACCAGGAGACAUGGCAGAGUUGUACCCACAGGACAGUUGGGUCUGCAGCACCUCCAGAACCAGGAAACCUGUUUAGCAGCCCUCAACAGGGCUUGUUUCUGCUCGUGGGGAGAUAACACAGGUCCCAGCAUGCAAGUGACUGGGAGGGAACAUGGAGAACGCAGCGAAGAGGAGAUAGAAAGAGCACGGGAGGAGUCGGGAGGAACAGCUCGGAGCUUUAUAGCUGACAAGCCUUCUGCUCUCCACUGUCUGCUUUAUUCCUGGAAAGUGCUGGAAGGAAGCAUGUGCUCCAGAGGUUGGGAUCGGCAUCUGGCUCUGGAACUGCCACUGCUGCAUCUGUUAGUCCUCGCUGCCAGCAUUCAAGGUGAUUCGGUAGAUGUUAUAAACGCGGUCUCCGGCGGCAAUGUGACUCUGAACAUCUCCGAGAGCCUACCUGAGAACGUCCAAGGAAUAACUUGGUUUUAUACUUAUAACCUGAAGAUCGCAGACUGGGAUGUCAGAAGACUUAAGUACUUUGAAAAUAGAUUUAAAGGCAGGGUCAGACUCGAUUCUCGAAGUGGCGCACUGUACAUGUCUAAGGUCCAGAAAGAGGAUGCCAACAUCUACAUCAUGAGGGUGUUGAAGAAGACCAUGUCUGAGCAAGAAUGGAAGAUCAGGCUGCAGGUGUUUGACCCUGUACCCAAGCCUGACAUCAAAAUUGAGAAGACAGAAAAAGUGGAGGACGACUGUUAUCUGAAACUGUCAUGUGUGAUACCUGACGAGUCUGUAAGCCACACUUGGUACGGGGACAAAGGGCCCUUCCCAAAGGAGUUCCAGAGCGGUGUGCUGGAAACCACCCUCAAGUCACAGGAUUACUCCAGGUGUUAUACUUGCCAAGUCAGCAAUCCCGUGAGCAGCGAGAAUGACACGGUCUGCUUCAGUCCGCCGUGUACCUUGGUCCGGUCCUUUGCAGUAGAAUGGAUUGCAAGUUGGCUAGUGAUGAUGGUGCCCACCACUCUUGGCCUGUUAUUUACCUGAGAUGAGCUCUUUUACCUCAAGUGAAACUUCGAGGCCAGAGGAUCUUGCCUGUCAGUAACCAUGCUCCUCACUGGGACCGAAGCUGGACAGGAUGAGCCGAAGUAUGCUGCUGAAUUAUCACUGAGAAUUUUCAGGUUAACGUUUAAAACUGACUAUUACUUAGUUUUAUAUCUCCUUUUAGUUUUCUAGUACACAUAUAGAGAUACACAUGCAUUUUUCCUACCAAAAAUUGUGACAACACUAUGUGAAUGUUUUGUUUUUUAAAAAUAAACGCUGGAUAUGAUUGUCAACUAACCGGA